AUGAAAAGAAUUUUAUUAGUUAUUUUAGUGGUUUAGCUAUUUUUAACUUUCAACUGUCAAGAACAUAAAGUAUAAUAUGAAAGAAUCAUUAGAAAAAACGAAUAUGUCUACGAAUAAAACUCUUAAACAGAAUUUGAUAUUGAAUAUCCUGGUUUAGUGAGAGGAAUUUAUAAUUACAGUAUCAUGCAAAGAAAUUUUUAAAAAAAUGAUCCAAAUUAAGCGUCAUAUGAUGAAAUUUGUAAUUUAGUUACUGAUUCGGUUAGCUAACUAGUAGAUUAACUAAAUCAUAUCACUCUGAAUGAAUUAACAGAUUCUUAAAAUGAUAAAAUAGAUAUUAUCAAUUUCGCUCAUCAUGAUUUUAAUAAUGACAAAACAGUUUACAUAAUUACAAGCGAUAAAAAUGUUUUACAGGUUAAGCUUGAUUAAAACUAAUUUAAAUUAACUGGAUAAUCAAAUUUUACAUAAUUUCAUCCAGAUAAUAUUAACAAAUUGAGAAUACCCCGUGUUGCUUCAAAUAAUAUUUCAAAAAGAAUAUAUAUUGCAUCAUCUACCUUUAUUAUAUCAAAGCCAAUAGAUGAACAAGAUAAAUUUUCAGAAACUCCAUUUGUACUUGAGAAAAAUUAUUAAAAUUGCUCUAAGGUCGAAGAAGUUCUUUCUUUAAACGAGUAUCUAAUUAUUGCUUGCUAUGAAAGUGGGUUAAAUAUUUAUAAGAUAGGGGAAAACAAAGAAUUAAUUUAUGUAAAGAGUUACUCUCCCAAAGAUAGUGUUUACAAAGUCUAAUAUAACGAAUAAUAUAAAUUAUUAGCAUUUUUAAAAGACUUUGGUAUUUACUUUAUACCUUAUAUUAAUGGAGAGUUUGGUGAAAUAUAAUAGUUUAUGAUAGCUUCUCUUAACUCUAACAAUUUUGUUUCAAAUGAUUUCGAAACAUUCUGGUUGUUUGGAAAUUUAGAAAACCAUGUUUUGGAAGUAUUUGUUGAUAUAGAAAAUAAAAUUUAAUAGGUGAAUUUAAGCCACAUAAAUGUUAAAAGCAGGACUGUUGGAUCUUACUUAAACGAUGUUUAUGGAAUUAUAUUUUAUGAAGAUCAUUUUUCAAUUUUUAUUCAUUCUAUUCCUAGUGAUUAAGUCUCAGGAUAAAGAGAAGAAAUAGCUAAUUUUACACUUGAAGACACUAAAAAAUUUUUAGUGAUAGAAGAUAAAAUCAACAAAGAUUAAGCAUUUGUUUUUUCUACCACAGAAAAAUCACUCAAAUUGAAUGUUAUAUAAUUCAAUCCACCUAGAUUCUCUUGCAAGCCAAGAGAAGAAACUGGUUUAUAUGAAUAUAGGCUUAGAAUAUUUAGUUAGGAAUGUGAUUAAGAUGAAUCAAAAUAAUUAUUUUAUUAAUGUGUUGUUCAAGAUUCAAUAGAUGUGAAAGUAAUGAAAUCUUAUGUAACUAGUUCAUAACAAAAAUUAAUAAUCUGUAUUGGUGUUGGAAUUGCUGUAUUUUUCAUUUUAAUUAUUGCUAUAUUAAUAUUUUGCUAUAAAAGAAAGAAAAUCGAUUUAGAUAAGAUAGAAGAAAAGGUAAGAAAUUUAAGAAAAAUAAAAUAUUAAAACCUAGAAAAAGAAAAUCAAAGUGUUUGA